AUGCGUCAGGCGACAUUGCAAGCUUUCCGUACUGCUAGGCGUGCCCCAGUAUGGAAAGUUGCCGGUAGACGGCCGUGUCCGCUUUCUUUCAGCCACAACCAGGUACGAGGCCUCCGGCCAUACUCCGGCGGUCGACGCUUGUCAAAUACCCCCACGGCGCUACAAUCCUCCAUGCAUUUCCGCAAACUUUCCCUUGCCGUGAUUUCGACCGUGGUCGCUUCCGGGGCGUGGUAUGCGUAUCAGGGUGACGGCGCUCAGUCAUUAGUAACACAGGUCCGAGGAUUCGCCUCCAGCGCGAUCACAUCUGCCCACGCCGAGGGCCCUUCAGACCCGACGCGCCGUGGUCUAUUGGUCAGCAACGAUCAAUUCUAUACCGCGACGCUUUCCGGAGACCAACCGCUAUCGAAAACGACCGACGAUUCGGAGCGGCGCAUGUUGAACAUGUUGACACCCGAGCAAGCUACCGAGCAUCUGAGGAAGCAUGAGGAGUCUUAUCUUGUCAACCGUGGCAAUGGUGUUGUUCGAUACGACAUUUCUCAGGUUCCCAGCAAUUCGCCGAUCGAAGACGACCAUGCCGAGCUGACUGUUGAAGUACCCUCGUCAGUGGCAGCUAAUAAGAACGGAGAAUCCAGCAGUGAUUGGUCGUUCUGGGCGGUAUUCGAUGGCCACUCGGGAUGGACCACGUCUGCCAAGCUCCGGAACGUACUUAUCUCAUACGUUGCGCGGGAGCUUAACGCCACAUACAAAGCUGCAGCCACUGACCCGUCGGUUCUGGCACCCUCAUCAGAGGCUAUCGAUGCUGCUAUUAAAAAAGGAUUUGUCCGCCUCGACCACGAUAUUGUGAACGAGAGUGUCGACAAGGUCCUCAAAGCCAAGUCGCGAAGCAUGGCCGCUGAGCUUCUUGCGCCUGCCCUCUCUGGAUCCUGUGCCCUGCUAAGCUUUUACGACUCUCAAUCCAAAGACCUGAAGGUAGCAGUUGCAGGCGACUCUCGCGCCGUUCUUGGUCGUCGCGGCCCCAACGGAAAAUGGACUGCCACAGCACUAUCCGAAGACCUGACUGGUGGUACACCCUCUGAGAUUAAGCGUCUGCAAGAAGAACACCCUGGUGAGCCUUACGUAACCCGAAAUGGCCGCAUCUUGGGACAACUGGAACCUAGUCGCGCCUUUGGUGAUGCGGUCUACAAAUGGAGCAAAGAAAUCCAAGACAAGAUCAAGGGCCAGUUCUUGGGUCGUACUCCCUCCCCACUUCUCAAGACUCCUCCAUAUGUCACUGCGGAACCUGUCAUUACUACCACUAAGAUUGAUCCCUCUAAGGGAGAUUUCGUUGUCAUGGCCACCGAUGGUCUGUGGGAGAUGCUGAGUAACGAAGAAGUUGUUGGCUUGGUCGGUCAAUGGAUUGAGCAGCAGCAGUCUGGCGCUGGAUCCAACAAGGCUUGGCUCCAGGGCUGGUUCUCUUUCGGCGGCCAAAAGCACCUGCCUGUCGAGGCAGCUGGCGAUGUCUCUACUGCAGGCCAGCGCCGCCCGAUUCGCCAGAAGCAGUACGAUAUUCCCGGCGCAGACAGCCGGUUUGUGGUCGAGGACAAGAACGCAGCAACGCAUCUUGUGCGCAAUGCCAUGGGAGGGAAGGAUCAAGACAUGCUCUGUGCUUUGUUGACUCUUCCUAGUCCUUACUCUCGCCGAUACCGUGACGACGUCACCGUUGAGGUAAUCUUCUUUGGCCAGGGUCCCGACUCUCGUACCAUCGAGCUGAACAAGGAAGCCAGUGCUGCUGAACCGGCUCCCAAGGCUAAGCUUUGA